CUUCCUAAUCUGUGCUUCCGGUGUUAUGGCCGCUCACAGAGAAGGGUGACAGAAAUGUGUGAUAUUUGGAAAUGACCGAGUGUGUUUAGGAUGGCGGUGACACAGCUGUUUAGACUGGUUGUCUGUCGCUCGGCAGCUCGUGCGACACUUCGCGUGCACAGGAGGUACAGCCAGGUGUGCUCGGCUUUAUCUGAGCGACUGCGGGUCUUUGAGUCCCUUCGAGAAAAGCAAGGCAAUAAGAGCCAAGCUGAAGCUGCAGAAACUCGCCUUAGUAUCCAACUGGCUGACGGCCGGACAGUAAAGGCAACAGCAGGUGUCACCACACCUCUCUUUAUUGCUCAGAGUUCCCGUGUGAAGGGAGCGCUGGUCAGUAAGGUGAAUGGAGAGCUGUGGGAGCUUGGACGGCCCCUAGAGGUAGACUGUGAACUACAGCUGCUGGGGUUUGACACAGAUGAGGGGAGACAGGCAGCAUGGCGGACAGGAGCCUGCGUCCUGAGCGGAGUGUUGCAGACGGUGUUCGGUGCCGAGGUGUGCAGAGAAGGAGCGUCAGAGCUCGGGCUUUACUGCGACCAUCUACUGGAAAACAGUGCCUUGUCUCUGAGUGAUGUGGAGGAGAAAUGUAAACAAGCCGCAGCCCUUAAACUUCCUCUGACCAGACUGGAGCUGAACACUGAAGAGGUCCGAGAGCUCUUCCAGAACAGUAAACUGAGACUGCAGCUCGUGGAGGAGCAGAUGAGCGGCCCCACUGUCACAGUGUACAGAUGUGGAGACAGCCUAGCGGUCUGCGACGGCCCCCUCCUCCCACACACUGGGCUCCUCAAGGUCUUCAAGACACUACAGUGGGACACAUGCCGGGUUGGAGGAAUGUCCCUUGUCUGUAUUGAUCCAGGGAGAGGGAGGAGUUUUCAUUCUGGGCAUCCACUGGGCAGGAAAUAUCUGCAGCAGGAUGUUGUGUUUGUCAGAGGCCAGUUUCCUGUUCUCAGCCGCUACAAACACACUGCCAUCUAUCAGACAUGCUGUCACUCUCAUGGUGUGGCCUUUCCAGGAGAGAAGGACAAGGAGGAGUGGGAGAGGGAGCGGGAGGAGGCGAGGAGGAGGGACCACAGACGGAUCGGGACGGACCAGGACCUGUUCUUCUUUAAUGAUGUGAGUCCAGGCAGCUGCUUUUUCCUGCCUAAAGGCGCCUACAUCUACAACACCCUCACCGACUUCAUUAAGAGUGAAUACCGAAGGCGAGGAUUCAACGAGGUCGUGACCCCAACCCUGUACAGCACUGCAUUAUGGGAGCGCUCGGGCCACUGGGAGCACUACAGCGAGCAGAUGUUCACUGUGACGUCCGAGGGCUCUCAGACCUACGCUCUCAAGCCCAUGAACUGUCCUGCUCACUGUGUGAUGUUUGAACAGCGUGUGCGCUCCUGGAGGGAGCUGCCUCUGCGGUGGGCCGACUUCGGGGCACUGCACCGUAACGAGCUCUCCGGAGCGCUCGCGGGUCUCACUCGGGUUCGAAGGUUCUGCCAGGACGACGCUCACAUCUUCUGCACACCUGAUCAG